AAAUUUAUAAUUUAAAUUUUCGAAAUUAAUUUCUGCCACCAGAGGGAUCACGCGAUCGUUAAGGGGCGUAGUUAGAUUCCUCGUCGUACGUGCGGAAGAUGGCUGCUGAUCUGAACGUCGGUUCGGUUCCUCCCUAUUACAGAGAAGUUUACGAUAUAUUAUGCCCGAAUCAAGAGAACAAUGUGGAUCAAGACAUGUUUAUCAAGUUGUUAGUGAAAUCAAGCUUACCAAAACAAACUUUAAUUCAGAUAUGGGAACUUGUAGAUUUAAAGCAAGGUUAUUUGACGCGAAUGGGAUUGUACAAAGCAUUAGCUUUAACUGCAUUUGCUCAGCAAGGGAAGACCGUAAGUGAAAAACUCUUACAGAAUUUUUCUGGAGAAGAAUUACCGAAGCCGUCGCUCGGAGAUCUUACCGAUUUAAGAGUACUCAGCAUACAGUUAAGGCGAGAGAAAAAUCCUACUAGAUUAGGUUUAAACUAUGUAGAAAUUUGUGCUUUGGAUACUAUUAAAGUAACCGUUCUUCCAGAAAAGAAAGGUUUAUUCUUGAAACAUGUGGAAUAUGAAGUAUCUAGUCAGAGAUAUAAAUCAGUUGUUCAAAGGAGGUAUAAUGAUUUUGUUGCACUUCACGAAUUAUUAUUACAAAGAUUUCCCUACAGACUAAUCCCUCAGCUACCACCAAAAAAAGUGAUGGGAGCAGACUCGCAGUUUCUCGAAGACAGAAGAAAGGCAUUAAGAAGAUUUCUUUUACUGUUAGCUCGUCAUCCAAUAAUUUCUGAAGAUAAAAUAUUAUAUUUCUUCCUUACAUUUGUAGGAUCGGAUGUACAGCAUAAAUUAAGGGAACAAUUCAGAGGACAGCCAGAUGAAUUUUUAAUUAGUGACACAGCAAACAAUUGUAAGGAACUUGUACCAUUAGAUACGACGACACAGAGUCCACUAGUAAGAGAGCAAAUGAAACAUGUUUAUUUCAGUGUGAGACAGCUUCGAGACAUCAUGGAAAGAAUGGUAGAACGAUCAGAAGAAGCUGCAACAGACAUGCUAGUUUUUGGAAAGGAGCUUAGUUCCCUUUCCAACUGUCCAAGUCCUGGAUCAGACUGGGGAUCAGGUGGUGUCGAUACAUGGGAAACUAUAAAAAAUGGCGUGUCUAUUCUUUCACCAUUAUUUUCAACUGUUUCUAAAGCUUAUGUGGAGCAGUCUCAACAGGAAGAAGAAACAUUAGUAGAAGAACUGAAUCUCUUUUUGGAUCUUCUUUGCGCAUACAGGGAUAUGUGUGACAGAAAUGAAAACAGUGUCAUACCGGAUCAUCAAAAAGCAAUGAAUCGGGUUAUCAGAAGACAGGGAUCUGUACAAGCUCCUCCUCCUGAUGCCAUUACGCAAGCUCAGCAAAUUGAAAACCGAACGUAUUUUUUUCUACACUGUACACACAUGGAAACUCAAAUGAUUCAUGUAUAUAUGAGCAUCCUUUUGCACGUUAUACAGUCGCUUGUGAAAAUUGAAUCGAGUUGUUGCAAUCAGAUAGCAACAUUAUGGGCAAAGAUGUUACCAACUGUGGAGAGCAUUCUACCGUCGAGCAACGAAAGCAAUACAAAUUCCUCAUCUCCGACUCCCAGUCUGGGCUCUCCCAAUUAUCCUAGCAGAUAAAUACUUUAACCAUACAUUUCCUUAUUUUAUAUUUAUAAAUUAGAGAUAAUGGCAGCCCCAAUUUGAAUAGAUGUAAAAUGUUUAUUUGGAGCGGAAAAUAGGUCACAAACAUUGCAUCUAAAUUAGUGGGAAAUCUUAUCAUUCCAAGAGAGGUAUCUGAAGAUGAAAUAUUUUUGUUUAUGGAAUCAAAUCAAAAUAUAUUUUUAAUUAAAAAAAUAAAUAAAAGUACUUAGAGCCUUCUAACCCCGGGAAAGUUUUGAAAUUUGAUACGGAA